AUGAAGUUCGCAAAGGAGCUCGAGCAGGACCUCGUACCAGAAUGGCGCAUCAAGUACCUUAAUUAUAAGGCGGGGAAGAAGUACAUCAAGGCCGUUUCCCGCGCCAUCAAUCGCGCCAACGGUAGCCCUCAGGGUCAGGCGAACAAGAACAACAAUCACCUAAGUUCCGGCUUCUUUCACGUUCAAUCCCCUUUCAAUAGCCAGAGACAUGGCAACGAUUCGAACCGGGGACACCUCGACGAGCGCACGUCGCUGCGUGACAGCCCGGCACCAGUUGGGUCAGCACGCCAAAAGACUGCGACACCUUCACGAGCGAUACCGGCACCGACAAAUAACGAGCGCAAUGGCCUGACGAACAGCUCAAACGAUAUGCAGUAUGGGAGCUUUGUUCAUACCCCGCCUCAUCAGGAAACCGGAGCUCCUUUACAUCGGAAGACGACGUUCGAACUGCCUGGCCCUGCCAUACGAGUGCCGUCUAAUGCGAGUGAACCAAGCCCCCAGCCUGCGCCGCUGCUGGACAACAACCUGGCGGCGAGAAGGGAAUUGAAAAGGAGCAAGACUACGGCUGAGGAUGCUCAUCUUUCCGCUCCGCCACCAGCACCAGAGCCAACCCGUACCCCGUCAACCCUGAGGCUUCCUCACUCUGCGACGAUAGGGCCGGGGUCAGGUACUUCACCACGGGCUGGUCUGCGGAGGUUGUUUUCUGCCUCACCCCUCAACCGGGCUGGCACGAACCCGGAAUAUGGUCUUCAAGGCCUGGCAAUGGACAUUGUCAGACAGAAAGAGAAGGAGUUUUAUGAGUUUCUGGAUUCAGAGUUGGACAAGGUGGAGACAUUCUACAAGAUGAAGGAAGACCAGGCUGGUGAGCGUCUCGCCGUGCUUAAAGAACAGCUGCACGAGAUGAGGAACCGGCGGACGCAGGAACUGCAAGCUCAGAAGAGACAGGCCGAGACCGAGUACUUGAACGGAGGCAACGGCGACAUGGACGACUCGAAGAAAGGUCCCCUUGGCUGGAUGGAUCCUGUAAAGUCCAAGAUAUUCAGGCCUGGUCCCAACUCCCGCGCUCUUCAAAAGAUGGCCCAGACCCCCGUCAUGGCACCGAGGGAGGGACACGACGCCAGACGGGACUACAUCCGCAGACCCCCCGAGCACGAGGUGCCCUAUCGGUCUGCGAAACGCAAGCUGAAGCUCGCAUUGCAGGAGUUCUACCGAGGUCUCGAGCUGCUUAAGUCGUACGCCCUCCUCAACCGGACGGCAUUCCGAAAGCUCAACAAAAAGUACGACAAGGCCGUCAACGCCCGCCCGCAGUAUCGAUACAUGAACGAAAAGGUCAACAAGUCGUGGUUCGUCAACAGCGAUGUCCUGGACGGACACAUCAAGGCGGUCGAGGACCUCUACGCGCGCUACUUUGAGCGUGGUAACCACAAGAUCGCGGCCGGCAAGCUGCGCAGCAUGGCCCGCAGGCCCGGCGACGAGUCCGGCAGUGCUUUCAGGAGCGGAAUUCUCAUCGGCACGGGUGCUGUGUUUGCCAUUCAGGGAGCCGUCUUUGGAGUGCAACUCCUGUGGGACGAUGACGCCAGGGUACGCGAACAGACGAGCUACCUGUUGCAGAUUUACGGCGGUUAUUUCCUCAUGCUCCUGCUGUUCUGCAUGUUCUGCAUCAAUUGUGCCAUCUGGACCAGGAACAAGAUCAACUACCCGUUCAUCUUUGAAUUCGACACCCGAAACAACCUCGACUGGCGUCAGCUGGCCGAGUUCCCGAGCUUGUUCGCCUUGAUAUUUGGUCUCUUCUUAUGGCUCAACUUUAGCGAAUACGGCACCGAAGACAUGUACGAGUACUACCCGGUAGCCUUAAUCGCCAUCUCGGCGGCCAUCAUCCUCUUGCCCGCGCCUGUGCUCAUGCCUAGGAGCCGGAGAUGGUUUGCUUAUGCUCAUUGGCGUCUCCUGCUAGCAGGCCUAUACCCCGUCGAGUUCAGAGACUUCUUCCUCGGCGACAUUUACUGUUCUUUGACAUACGCCAUGUGUAACGUCGAGCUGUUCUUUUGUAUAUAUGCCAACGCCUGGGUGAACCCGGUGCAGUGCAACUCGAGCCACUCACGGGUCCUCGGUUUCCUCGGCGCCCUCCCGCCCAUCUGGCGUUUCCUCCAGUGUCUUCGUCGAUAUAGAGAUACCCGCAACAUAUUCCCCCAUCUAGUGAACGGCGGUAAAUACACCAUGUCUAUCCUGGCCGCCAUGUCGCUCUCCAUCUACCGGAUCGACGGCACGAGGGGCAAUCUAGCCAUGUUCAUCACCUUUUCCACCAUCAACGCCGUCUACACAUCAAUCUGGGAUCUGUUCAUGGACUUUUCCCUGAUGCAGCCGCAAUACCAUCUCCUCCGAGAAAUCACAGCCUUGAAAAAGCGCUGGCCGUACUACCUAGUCAUGGUCCUCGACCCCAUCCUCCGCUUCGCGUGGAUCUUUUACGCCAUCUUCACUCACGACGCCCAACACUCCACCAUUGUCUCCUUCCUCGUUGCACUAGCCGAGGUCAGUCGUCGCGGCAUGUGGACGCUCUUCCGCGUCGAGAACGAGCACUGCGCGAACGUCAAAGUAUACAAGGCGUCUCGCGACGUGCCGCUGCCGUACCGAAUGGAACCUCUCGUCUCGCCGUCGCCGACGGUCUCUAGCGCUUUCAAGGAUACCAACAUCACGGAGACGAACGGCACCGCGCAGGCGGUGGAGGCGGCGACGUCGGGCACUACCACGGCGGCAGCGGCGUCGCAGCGCGCCGAGCAGGGCACGGUCAGACGGCGCAGGCCCAGCUUUGCCGCGCCGCCGCAGCGCAGUUUCUCCAAGAUCUUGGCCGAGGCGCACAGGCAGGACUUUGAGAAGAGGAGGAAGCCGAUCGAGGUCGACGAGCCGCAGUUGGAGGAGGCAGGGGGCAUGGCUAGCGACGACGACGACGAUGACGAUGAGGGGUCCGUGUCGGAUGAGGAUCCGGAGGACAUGAAUAUGCUCUCGCCGGACGCGGAUUCGAUGGAGAUUAGACAGGCGGCGGCUUAUGCUGACGAUGGUAUGGCGGAGCGUGGCGGGGUGAGGUGA